ACAUUUUGUCGAAUCGAGUUGGCGUUACCAAAUUCCCUUUCCUGGUCUCCUCCAGAUUUCCUCGGCUGCUGUCGGUGGUGGAGGCGAACGAGCUCGAGGAAGUCAGCGAUCGGCGGACGUAUCAUCAAUGACUCUCGGUAGCUCCGGUGGAUCCGGCGUUGUCGUUCCUCGGAACUUUAGAUUGCUCGAAGAGCUCGAGAGAGGGGAAAAGGGUAUAGGAGAUGGUACUGUAAGUUAUGGCAUGGAUGAUGGAGAUGACAUUUACAUGCGCUCUUGGACUGGCACAAUAAUUGGCCCCCUUAAUACAGUCCAUGAGGGUCGCAUCUAUCAGUUGAAGUUGUUCUGUGACAAGGACUAUCCCGAGAAGCCACCGAGUGUUCGGUUCCAUUCACGCAUCAACAUGACUUGUGUUAAUCCUGACACAGGAGUGGUAGAUCCAAAGAAAUUUUUGGUUCUGGGGAACUGGCAACGUGAUUACACAAUGGAGUAUGUUCUAACACACCUCAAAAAAGAAAUGGCAACAUCACACAACCGCAGAUUAGUGCAGCCUCCAGAAGGUACUUCUUUCUAAAAACUUGGCUCUGGCCAAAGGUUACUAAUUAAGGUGAAAGUAGACUUUCAUGUAUCAAUUAUUCAGUAAACGGUGGUUUGUUUAACUCAUGCUUGGGGUUAAAUUUGUUGGCUCUAUACAUUAUCAAAAAAGAGUGUGGGCUAAAUGACUCUGAAUUUGUGUAUUAUCUAAAGAAAAACCUUCCUAUC